UAUGCGUGGGGAGACCUGUUUCCGUCCUGCCAUCCUUUACUUGAAGAGCAUCACUCCCCCAUCAAUCUGGACCACCACAUGGCCAGGAAUGAGUCUCUGUAUUCUCUGCACCUGGAGGGCUUCGAUGAGAUCCAAAAAGGCCACUGGACGCUUGAGAACGACGGUCACUCAGUCGUGCUGCAUGUUGGUAAUGGCAUGUCAGUGAGCGGUGGAGGUCUCCUAGAUGUUUACCACACCAUCCAGCUGCACUUCCACUGGGGAGGCCCGGCAACUAACGGCUCGGAGCACACGAUGGACGGGCGCAGAUACCCGAUGGAGAUGCACAUUGUCAACAUGAAGUCAAUCCAUCCUAAUUUGACAGCAGCCUUGAAUGACCCAACAGGACUCUCUGUUCUUGGAUUCUUCAUUGAUGUUGUUUACGCAGAAAAUGUGCACUUUGGACACAUAUCACAGAAGCUGUCCUCCGUUGCUUACAAAGGCCAAACUACUAAAGUCAAGCCAUUUCCACUGAUGAGCCUUCUGCCCAAGCACAACAUGAGUCAGUAUUUCCGUUAUUAUGGCAGCCUCACCACCCCGCCAUGUUCUCAAGCAGUUGUAUGGACUCUAUAUGAAGUUCCUAUUUACAUCUCAUGGUCACAGCUGGCUCAGUUUACCUCACAGAUCUUCUCCACAGAAGAAGAUGCAGAGCAGGUGACACCUCUGCAGAACAACUUCAGACACAUCCACCCCACCUUCAGUCGAACCGUCUCUGUGUCCAAGAAUGCCCAUCUGCUCACAGGGGCGGCCGGUCUUAUCCACAGGUCAGCAGUAUCUCUGCUUCUGCUCCAAAUCAUUUUCCUGGUAGGCUUCAUGUUUGGACUUUAGCACAUGUUGAGUCCAAAUCACUGAACACUUCAACACCAAACAAAGAUGAUGUACAUUUGACAUUUUGAUUUAGAGUUUUCUCCAGUGGUGGAGCCAGACUUUCUGACUGGGAGGGCCAAAUUGAGUCACUGACUGUUGUAGGGGUGGCCAGGUGUGGUAAACAUUAGGGGCUUACCUCAAACCAAGGAGGGUUAUCUGAACAAAUCACAUCAACUUCAACUUCUUGUGUGGAAGAAUCUAAAAAAAUGACAUUCUUGUAUAUAAUGUUAAGGUAACUCAACAGAGGCAACAUAUAAUGCUGCUGAGCUUCUUUUAGGACCUUAAAAGAAGACUUGUGUCCAAAGUCUCCAUUGAAGUACCAACAAAAGAAAAUAUUCCACAUUUAAAUGUAUAGAAGCUACGAGCAGCCUUUUGAAACAAACCUGAAAUAGUUGAUUCAGUAUAUCAGUAUAAGUACCACCUCUGACAAAGCAAAUGGCCACCAAUGGUUUGGGAUUUCAGGGUGGCCAAUCAGAGUUCAGGGUUGCCCACCCCCUGGCUCUGCCACUGGUUUACACAUCUUUAAAAAAGCCCCAGCAAAGAGUGUAGAAAAACAAGCUGUGAAGAUUAAGUACUGUAAUAUGUUAAAUGUUUGAAGAUUAUGACCUGCUUCUCUGCAACAUUAAUUCAAUAGGUGCAUUUAAAACUGUGAAAAAAACAUUGUUACUGACGGUUUGAAAUAAUGUGAUUUAGGGCGAACUGUAGCACUGACAUUAUUCUUAUUGCAGUGAUGUAUGUGAAUAAGACUGCAGGCUUUUCACACAUUUUGUUGAUUCUCAUAAAUGUACAAUCCUAAUAUAUACGCCCUUUUUUAUUUUAUCUGUUUUUAACUUAGUUUUUUGUAGCUUAUCAAAUAUUAAAAUGUAACAGUGACAGGUGUAGAAAAUGACAAAACAAUUUAAUCUACGGUUAAAGUAAGAAGUAACCACAAACACAAACACACAAACUGUUGUUGCUGGAGGCUCUGUGAGGUUGUAGAUCACUGCUGAUGCUGACACCUGCAUGUUAAUAAGCUGAGGCUACUUUAUGUCAUGCACGCCCACCAGCUAUUUAAUAAUUUGCUCACUAAAGUUUUAUUUUAUUUCUAUUUAAAGUUGCUGUUGGUAGGAAUGGUGUUAAAAACGUUACAUUUUUUCUGCUGGGUUUGGAGAAAAGGUCAUAAUACCCAUCGGUACUCAUCGGUAAGUAAAGUAAUUUGAAACUAUUGUGAAAUCUCUGCGUUUUCCGAUGUCUUUGUAUCAAGCAAUGUUAUUAUUCCCCUCUUUCCCAUUAUGACGGACCAAUCAUAGCUAAUCUCCAAUCCUCCGAUUGGUUAUGAGUCUGGUACUAUCAUGACUGCACAUGCCGAUCUGUGUUGGGGGCUAAGAAGAAAUCUGGUUUGGAGGGAUAGUGUUGACAUUCGAAGACCCUCUCUCUGAACAGAUGUUUACUCUGUAACUACCAACAGCAGCUUUAAACUAAAGUAAAGCUGGGACUUCGAGAGAAGGUAUUAACAGAUCUGACCACCAAACUAAAAAGAAAGUGUUAAAAUGUAAACAUUAUGAUGAUGCUGAAUACAUUACGCAGCUAAUAUAGCAAAACAAAAGUCAGAUUUAAGUGUUUACCAAUAAUGAAGAAGGCUUUUGUUCACAUCAGAUACUUUCAAAAUGCAAAUGAUUUAGUAUUUGUUUUUUAAAAUGCAAUUUUUUUGGAAUACUUACUCACCUUGUAGAGUCUUGUGAGCAGGAAUUUAAACUGUGUACACUGUUAUUAAAAUGAUCAUCUACUGCUCCAACUUAAAACACAAACUACCUUUCACAGAGAUUUUGACAUGACAUGAAAACCUUUAGUAUGACUCAUAUAAUGAAAAAGACUGAAAUCCAUUCAGCUUCAUCUGUUCAGGGUUAAUAAUUAUAUUUUACCUUGUGGCUGACCAUUAGCCUAAUGGCCCACUUGAAUAGAGUAGAGCCAUUGUUACUCAUACAUUAUGUCACACCUGUGUUUUUCUGGCAUAUGUAAAAAAAAAAAAAAAGGCUUCAUUUAAAAAGCAAAGUUGAGGUUAUAGUCUGCCAAUGAGCUAGCUCUCCUGUAUUCAACAUGAAAAUUAUUUUUUGUGUACGUGGUCAUUAUUUGCAUAUUAGCCACUAGCAUCAAUGUCACUUAGCAGCAUGUAGCAAGGGACUAAAAGUAUGUGAAUAGGUUACAAUACUGCCAGUAAUGCUAAAAUAUGAAAAUUAUAUAUGUUGUAAAUCCUGUUUUAACAAUAAACAUGUAAUGUCUG